AUUGCAUUGAAUUGCUACUCAGGAUGUCAUUGCGACCGGAGGAAUGGAUACAACUGCCGUUCUCUUUGAUCGUCAGUCAGGACAAAUCUUGUCGACGUUGACUGGUCAUUCAAAGAAGGUUACUAGUAUUAAGUUUGUAGGUGACACUGAUCUUGUUUUGACUGCUUCAUCAGACAAGACAGUUCGUAUCUGGGGAAGUUCAGAGGGUGGGAACUAUGCCUGUAAACAUACAUUGAAAGAUCACACUGCAGAGGUGCGAGCUGUCACUGUCCAUGCAACGAACAAAUACUUUGUGUCGGCAUCGCUCGACAGUACGUGGUGCUUCUAUGAUAUGUCCUCUGGUUUGUGCCUUGCCCAGGUAACAGAUGAUUCCGAGAAGGUGGAUUACACGGCUGCCGCUUUCCAUCCUGAUGGUCUCAUUCUUGGAACUGGUACCGCUCAAUCUAUUGUCAAGAUUUGGGAUGUAAAGAGUCAGGCAAACGUGGCGAAGUUCGGUGGCCACACUGGUGAAAUCACAUCUGUAUCAUUUUCUGAAAAUGGUUAUUUCCUCGCGACAUCUGCGCUGGAUGGUGUUAGACUGUGGGACCUGCGCAAGCUAAAGAACUUCCGAACAUUCGACUUUCCAAAUGCAAACUCGGUGGAAUUUGACCAUAGCGGAUCUUAUCUUGGCAUUGCUGCUUCAGAUAUAAGAGUAUUCCAAACGGCCAGUGUAAAAGCCGAAUGGAACCCAGUCAAGACACUUCCUGAUCUAUCCGGUACAGGUAGAGCAACAUGUGUUAAGUUUGGUCCCGACGCCAAAUACGUAGCAGUCGGUUCAAUGGACCGUAAUCUCAGGAUAUUCGGUUUACCUAGCAAUGACAGCACUGAAGACUCUGCACAAGAUUCAUGAAUAGAUAGACAUGCCUCCCCAACUCUGAGCUACAUUCCCAGUUCCCUCUAUUUAUGUUGUAUCUCUGAUAUUCCUGUUUGGUCUUUUCACAAUCACAUUCCCUACUUAGCUCCUUCUGUUUCUCUUUAUCCAAAAAGGAAAAAAUCCGAUAACAUCGCAUCGUAAGAGUAUACACUUCAUCUUUGCCUCUUUGUUUUGAAAGAAUCCAUAAAAAGUUUUUCA